UGUAUUUAUGUGAAUCGUGCCUCGCGCGACCUAACGAGUUCUUAACGAUUCCUAGCCGCGAUCCCCGGUUGACAAGUGGCACAAAAACUCGAGAAUAUUUUCCACGCCCUUCUCUUUCUCUCGAAUUACUACUCGGAGCAAUUCUCUCGCCCUCGGUCUCCAUCGGUGUAACGUGACUAAUGGCACAUCCAAGGAAACAAUUCGCAGCUGAUCGAACGCGGAAAGAGGCUGCGCGAAUUGCGUCAGUUCGCGCGAGUACCUGAACACGCGUUCCUUCCAAUACCUGCUCCGACGUGACUAAUGCCAAAUGACGCUCGGCCGGGCUAAUGCGCGCGCGUUUCCUCGUUUUUAACUGCGCGACGGGGCUUAAGGAAGUGAAAGGUGCGAAACGAUAUUGCAACGACAACACUACUGCCCGAGAGUUUUCUUUUUUUUUUUUUUUUUUUUUGAAACAAUUUCAAGCUGCCGAUCAUACCUGCGAAUCGCCGUGCCAAGGCGAGCUUUCUCCCGAUGCGUGUACAGGCGAUAAAAGCUCGCAGCUCAGCCGCAUGUAAAGCGAAGAAAAGCCAGUGUAUGUACCAGCGCGCAGGCGGCCAUAAAGCCGACGUCGUAAUACGCAACCUCACGAGCUGCAGGCCCGUAAAUCAGCGAUAUGGUCACUUGGUCACGGACCGACUCGCCUUGUUCCAGAAGACGGUCUCUCUCUCUCUCUCUCUCUCUCUCUAUCUCUCUCUCUCCCUCUCGAAUCCUAAAGGACGAGAAGGAAACCAUUAGCCAUCGGCGGAUGAUUCUUUGUCGGGUGAAUCAACCUCUGCUCUCUCGCGACAAAAGCGCGGAAAAUUGACGAGAAACGAGAUCGCCCCGUAUAAGCGGAGAAAGACGUACACGGCUCUCUCGCAUGUAACGAUCGACGCGUGACGUUGGCGACGCUGCAUUUGACCUCAAUCAUUGCGAGAGACGCAAGGUCGACUCGAGAUAUAAUUUGCCUAUAGACGUACAGAGCGACUCGCUCGACUGCCGAUCGCUCGUUAAGAUUCUCCCGAAAAAUCGUACAGCGGCUAGGGAAAUUAAAAGGAAAAAAAAAAAAAAAAAAGAAAAAACUGCAGCGGCGUCGCCUUUCUCGCGCGCAAUAAACGUAAAAACUAUCUCGAUAAUGCAGUCGCUCGAGAGACACGCUCCGCUCGUAAAAGUCAUUCCGCGCCAAACUGGCCGACUGCCGAAUAUUUCUCUCCCGCUUCGUGGCACGUCUCUCCGAAUAUACCGCGCGGCUACUCGAGAAAAAUUAUAUCGCGCGUAAAGCCGUAAAAAAGCUCUCGUCGAUAAUUAUUGCGCUAGACUUUGUCGCCCGAGUGUGUACAUACCUGCAAGUUUGAUCGUUACGAGAGAGAGAGAGAAAGAGAGAUUUUAACGGCGAAACGUUUCGCGGCCGUAAAACUGUGUGCGCCAGCCGCGAAGCGAGGAAUUUCGAGGAUAUUAGGUUUUUAACGAUUUCAGGUUCGUACACGCGCGAGCCAAUGACCCGCGGAGCGAAUCGGCUGCGAUGGAAAAUCUCGCGUUUCCUUUUUCUCGCACCUGUCGCGCGGCGCUUAUCGAAGUUGCGCUGGAGUAAUUAUAUACCGUUUAGUAUUAAACAGCUGCGAAGAUUGUUAUUUAAUUUCUCGGUGAUUUUCUGCUGCGUUUUCGACCGUUUCUCAAACGAACCGCCCAAACACCAGUAUUAUUAUCCGAUCGUAGGCGGUUCGUUAAACUUUCGCAAAAGCAGCAAAAAAUCCCGGCUAUCGUUUUCCUCCGAGCCUUAGCUCUCCGCUCUCUCUUUCUCUUUCUUUUUUUUUUUUUUUAUCAAGGAAAAAAGCCGGAGCAGAGUUAUAGCAGCCGAAACUUCGAUAAGCGCCGCCUGCACCGCGCACCGCCGGUAUCGCUACACGCGGCUUUUCUCUCGUCGCUUGUACGUAUAUUGCAAAAAGAGGAGGAACAUAUUCGGCGACGGGCUAAAUCGACUCCCGAUCGAUCUGCUCUUCACUCUGCGUUUACGUGUGUGUGUGUGUGUGUCUGUGCGUGCCGAUGAGUUAAGGAGGAGGAAGAGCGUCUCACGUGAUCUCAACUAGUCGUUCAAGUGUACAUAUGUAAAUUAAGAAUGUAUAGGUAUAUGUAUAUGUAAAAUACGCGCGCCUUGCCGUGAAAUUUUCUGUUAAGCCGCGAACGAUGAUUACGCUAUAUCGCAUAUAUGUAUAUCGAUGUGAAACUCUGCUGUGCGGGAGAGACUGCGAGUCUAUAUGUGUCUGUCAAUUAUAAGUACACACGUGUGCGUGCGCGCGCGCGCGUGUACGUCGUUGUGUAAUGCGCUCGAUGGGACACGAGCGAGAGAGGAUGUGGAUGGAUAUCGAAGUAUGACUGUGACGAAGCGCCGCCGCGUGCUAUAUGCGUAUAUAGUGACGCUAUCUCGAGCCGUCGCUAAAUUAUUUUUUAUACUUUUAUACACACGCGAACGUAUAUAUAUAUAUAGCGGCGGAUCGCCAUUUUAAACGUAAGGUAACGUAAAAGAUGCGUGCGCGCAUCGGCGACGAUCGACACGACUCUUUCUAUAUAGCUUCUAUAAGGAUCAUUAUUACUAUUAUUGUGUAACGAAUUAUUAUCAUUAAUCGUAUAUCGAAGGAAAAGCGUACAUGUGACGAUUGUUUGUCGAUUCUGACGAUGAGGAUGAGCGAGAAUAAAGUUUCGUUUGGUUAGACACGUUACACGGCGUGACUUUUGUUUUCCCCAUUAUACUCCUACUUUGCGAAGUGUCCAGUAAUGAGGCGGAAAUCAUGUCGUCCAACGAGUGACUGUCGAGAAUAUAAUAAAGUAGUCGCAAAACAAAGACAGCCAAGAAGCCGCAACUCUUGGCAACUGCCGCUCGCAAAUCAUCGCUUGACAAGGCUCUCCUCUCGACAAAGUUUCGUCCACUGCAGCCGCGCGUCCCAAUAAUCAGCGCCGCUGGAUCGUCGCCAAUAAAUAACGCCGUGCGGCCAAUGUCAUUGCCAUCGCUGUCUCUCGAGAACCUUACACACGUGUAUUACGUAGUUUUAUAAGUUACACGCUAGACGAAAAAGUUUGCGAGGUUCAUCGACUCUUCUAGACGAUUUUCCUCUCUCGGAUCGGGACGCUUAUACGCAAUCCACGCAAAUCGAUGUGCGCCGACUCAUCCGGAAGCGCGUUUUAUCUCGUCUCGCGGAUGGCGUAAUUUUUCGAGAAACAUCCUCGUGUCGGCGCAUCGAACGAACUUAUCGCGUCGCCUAGUGACGACGGACGUGCGCCUCUCCGGAAAAAGAAGUUUGCCGCGCUCGUCGCGAGAAUAGGGAAAUCGUUCGGCUUCCGGCGCGCUAAAUCUGGAAAAUGGCGUUUCUCUCUCUCGCGCGCGCAAACGCGAUUUCUCACAUCAACCGGGGAAUUUUCAUUAGACGCCGGGGCGGAUAAAUGAGGCUGAUUUUUCGAAGAUUCCCGUAAAAUCGAUUCGCUGACUUAUUAACGCGCGACAUGGAUAUCUUGUCGUGAGGGGAAAAGACGCCGCCAGCGGGACUCUCGUGCCCUCUUAAUGCGGAUUAAGGAUCGGCUGCUGCACCUUUCGCGGAUUUCCCACAAGACCAGCUCUCCGAGCGACGUAUACAUCAGCCUUCGGGACUCUCCUCUGCGGCUAUAGCUAUAUAUACGUGUGCGUUCCGCGAGAGAGAUGCGCUCGCGCGUUUCGAAUAAUUAAUGGAUAUAAACUAUAUAUAGCUAUAUAUCGAGGGGUAUGUAUAUUUUGCAGCUGCGGCGAGGUAUAGUUGUAGUAUUUUGCUCCGAAACGAGUGUAUAUUUUCGGCGCGGAUGAUUAUCGUCUCUGCUUAUGAUCGAUUUGCAACGAGGAGAGAAUCAAGAGGAAAAAACUCGAAUUUUCUCGCUCAUUAAGCGGCACGACCUUCGCACCUGCGUCUACCACACGUGCAGCGUUGCAUAGCGAAAGGCGCUCGUACUAGCAGACUCUGCGUUACGCAACGUAUUUUUCGAUCACGCAAGAAGAAAACAAGGAGAAUCUUUUGAAAAACUGCUUUUCCCAUAUACCGCGAGCAAAGCAGCCCGGAGCUGAGGAGCCGAAACGACGAGGACCACAGAGCGAGCGAAGCUCUCGACGGACUCUAUAUAUAUAUAACAUUCUCUCUCGGCGCGCGCGCGCGCUCCUCUGUGUUUGCUAGAUUUUUACGAUUUUUCGUUUACGACGCCGCGCGGGACUGGAUCCUUUUUCUACUCGACUCUCCUCUGACCGCACCGCGGGGGACAUCUCUCGACUCGCCUCACGCGGAUGUGUCCCUAUCGGCCGAGAGAUAGAGAGAGAGAGAGAAGAGCGCAACGAGUGCGCAAUACCAGCACCAAAAGUCAGCGGAAUUUCGGGAGCUGUUUCCAUUGUUAGAUUGAUCCUCAAAAGUGUUCCGCCCAAUAUUGUCUCUUUGUCCAUUUUCCAAGCAUUUCCCGCGGCAUCCCAUCUCGCGCUCCGCCAAGUAUUCGGCAUUAUGAGACUGUCUCUCUCUCUCUCUGCGCUUUUCUUAUGCAACUGGCGCGAGCUUGACUUUUGAAUUGCUUAAAUUACGACGGCUAGUGUGAUUUACUUUCUUCCGAGAUUGCUCUGUGUGCGCCGCGAUAUAUUACCGCUCGUAUUAUUCUCGUAAAGGAGCCGCUCGCGCGCACGCAUGCGCCUUGUAUAUACUUCCUCGCGCCGCUCGGAUUUUAUAGACGAUGUACGUUGUAUAUCCUUACUGAUCGAUUAUCCGCGUUUGUUUGCGCGCGCCAAAGUUAUCCCCUAUAUUUCGCUUAUCGUAAAUUCAUGCCUUUCGCGAUAAUUACUCCGAGCUUUUUACGACUUCCUCUACCGUUAUGCUAUAUAACGUUUUACGAUUUUAUUAACGCCACUUAAAACUUGCGCGGAUUGAAAAGUUUCGAAAAUUUUUAAAACCAAUCGAUCCGCUUUAUCGGCGCGACUUGUAGAAAUUUUUUAUGCGCGAAUUUCCCUGCGCAUAGCGUGUUAAAGGAGAGCGGGGAUAUUCCGUAAUUAUAAAGUUGUAUAUUUGUGAAUCUAAUCUCGAAAAGUCCGCUCCAAGAUUAAAAAAGACAUUGAAACUUUUCACGGCUCGUUAUACAAGUUCCAGAAAUCUUCUUGACUCGCGCAUAGCUGUACCUGUAGCAGCGUCGGUAUAGCCAAAAAAAAAGAAAAAAAAAACAAAACCUGCCUAACUAGAGGUGAAAAAGGUACUUCAACUUUUUGCGGCUCGCGGCGAGUUUGGAACUUUGUUAUUUUUAUUUUUCCCGCUACUCAACUUUCAUAGCGAUAAGCUCAAUUUUUUGUUUUCCCUUGUUCGAAAAUGAUCAAGCGACUUCGUUAGUUCGUUGAUUUUUUUCGAAAAUUUAUGCUAAUAUACUUACGAAAUAAAUGAUGCAUGAUCGCCGUUGACUGACGAACACGGGAAUUCACUCGGUUGGCGGGAUAUUGAGAAUCGAUAUCUAAAACAAUCCGGCAUAUGAUGAAAAUACGCAUACGUAUAUGCAGAGGCUGUAUUAGCAUAAAUAUUUAGACCAUCGGAGUAUACACCCUAUACAUACUCGCGCAGUAGUUCGAGGCCGAGUACGGCGGCAAAUAAUAAGUAUGUGCAAAUUAGAAGUUUCUCAGCUUUUCAGUAUCUAUAGACACGAAUUUGUUCGCUUGAGAAACUUCUCGCGCACGAGUAUAAGUAUACUCGCGGCAUCUUAAAAAAAAAAAAAAAAAAAAAAGCCGCAGAAAACUAUCUUAUCGAUCCGUCGAGCCCGAAAUCAGCUGCGAGUAUAGAGUGGAGCACUCUACAGCACGCGUGAUCGGAAAGCUUCGGCGACUUGAAGUGAGGGCCAGCUGCGUCGGUAUACGAGCGUCAAAUUGACCAAAUUUCAGGAAAAAUUUUCGUCUAUACAUCCAAAAAUAAGUAACUAGGUGUAUAUAUAUACUCAAGUGUCCCACGGAACAAUCACAAAAUGAGCUAAUGGUGCCUCUCUGACAGCAAAGACAUGGCGUAGAAAAGGAAAAAAGACGAGGCAAGGCACGCGAUGAACAAAUUCACGGUGAAAUGUUGACCCCCGCAAAAUGAGAAUUGGCUGCAGCAGUUCGGAAUUCAAAAGCUUAACCUAAUAAUGGAUUAUUUAGGCGAAUUCAUCGCCCUGGGCAUUGACAGUAUAAUAUUUGGAAUCUGUUUGAAACAGUAUUUUUACUGUAAAAAUUCGAUACACGCUGUAAAGAAUGCUGAGUUUCACGAAGUCAGCAGUAGUCUCAACGAUCUGGUGCAGAGGAGUCCAGAGAACAAAAUUGACUACAUUGCCAUCAGGGGGGCUGUGAAACCCAUUGGGGAGCCAAUACGCAGCAUCAACAGCAAAGACGUCACAGGAGUUAUUCAGAAACUCAGCGUUACGGAACAUGUUGUCGUUAGAACAACAUCUGGUUACUGGUCUGACCAAGAACACACGAUGCAAGAGGUUUUCAACUCAGUCCCGUUUGUUCUUAAAAAGGGCAGCCAUCAAAUCGAGGUAGUCGAUGCCAUGGCUGCAGAAAUUCUGGACAUGGAGACCAUUUCUGACUUCUUUGAACCAAGUGCUCCAAACCUUGUUGACUAUGUAUGGGGAUUUUUUACUGGGCAUAGACAGAGAGGUUUGCAGUCAACGGAAGAAAUGUUGAGAGAAGGUUCAAUCAUAACUGGAAUUGGUGAAUUAACCAAAUCACCAUCCAAGCCUGAUUCUCUAAUUUUACAACCACCUGUUAAUGGUACUCCUUACUACCUCACUACUAUGUCUCUAAGUUCACUGCUUCGCAAACUAGAUGACCGUAAAAAAAUUUACAGAUGGCUAUGUUUAAUGUUUGGCGCGAUUGGAUUAUUUAUCGGCGGCAUGGUGUUGAGGCGUUACUUAAAAGACAAGGAAGAACAGAGAUUAGCCAACGAAUUGCGUAAAUCUUUGGAAGAAUCUCGAAAAGAAAGAAGACAAAGGGUACGGGACAAAGAUCUUCGUGAUGAUCAGCUUUGUGUCGUUUGUCGCACAAAUCCUCGUGAAAUUAUUCUGUUACCAUGCGGCCACGUCUGCCUGUGCGAAGAUUGUUCUCUUGACAUUGCCAGAGACUGCCCGAUUUGCAGGAACAAAAUUAGUCAAAAGAAUGCCGCCUACAUGGUUUGAAAUUCCAAGAGUUUUGGUUUUAUAAUAUUUAGGAAAUAUUUUUGUGAUUUUUGGUGCAAAAAAGAAUAAAAACGAUGAAAAGCCUAAAGUUUUAAAAAA